AUGGCUCAGGAAAACCAGAACUCUACUCUGCCUGAAUUCCUCCUUCUGGGAUUCUCCGACCUCAAGGCCCUGCAGGGCCCCCUGUUCUGGGUGGUACUUCUGGUCUACCUGGUCACUUUGCUGGGCAACUCCAUGAUCAUCCUCCUAACACAGACCAGCUCUUCCCUGCACACUCCCAUGUACUUCUUCCUAUGCCAUCUCUCAGCACUGGAGCUCCUCUAUACCACCAAAAUCGUACCCAGGACCCUGGCUGACCUUGCCACCCCAUACCCCCGGGCCAUCUCUUUCCAGGGCUGUGCAACCCAGAUGUACAUCUUCAUUGUCCUGGGCAUCUCGGAGUGCUGCCUGCUCAUGGCCAUGGCCUAUGACCGCUACACUGCCAUCUGUUGGCCCCUGCAUUACUCCACCCUCAUGAGCCGGCAGGCCUGUGUGGCCUUGGUGGUCACUUCCUGGCUCAUGGGUGUCAUCACAGCCACCACCCACUCCUCCCUCAUCUUCACUCUGCCUUUUCCUAGUCACCCAACCAUCCCACACUUCCUCUGUGACAUCCUGCCAGUCCUGAGGCUGGCAAGUGCCAGGAAGCACAAGAGUGAGGUCUCAGUGGUGACAGCCACCGUGGUCUUCAUCAUGGUCCCCUUCUCUCUGAUCGUCACCUCUUAUGCCCGUAUCCUAAGUGCCAUCUUGGCAAUGACCUCCACUCAGAGCCGCCACAAGGUCUUCUCUACCUGCUCCUCCCACCUGCUUGUGGUCUCCCUGUUCUUUGGAACAGCCAGCAUCACCUACAUCCGUCCACAGGCAGGCUCCUCUGUCACCACGGACCGCCUCCUUAGCCUCUUCUACACCGUCAUCACACCCAUGCUCAACCCCAUCAUCUAUACCCUUCGCAACAAGGAGGUGACAGGAGCCCUGUGGCACAUGGUGAAGAGGAAGGUCUCCUUUCCCUAA